AUGACCGCCGCCGCCAUGCAACAACCUCCCGUUAUCCCGCCUCGCCCGGCUAAAGGUCAGGACAGCAACGACUCUGCUGCCAGCGCCCCCAAGAUCCCGCCUCGCCCUACGAAACGAUCCGACCGCUCGAUAUCUCCUAACCCAGCUCGGUUUGCUCCUUCUCCCUUCAACGAGGGCAUUCCCCAGAAGAGCCCUAUUUCUGCCCGAUUCAACCCCGGUGAUGCUCAACAGGAGCCAAUCAACCGCCCUACCAGCGUCUCCAUGCCUUCGAUUGGCCAGGAGGGUGCUGAGUACAGCGCCGUGACCCAUGAGAUCAAGCCCGAAGAGGUUCAGGCCCCAGAGGAGGAACAAGAUACCUCUCCCGAACAGACACGUACUAUCGCCGAGGAUCUUAAGCUCCAUGCUCCUAAGCCUUCUCUGCCAGCUCAUAGCGCCAAACAACGUGUUCAAGCUGUUACCCGCACCGACUCUGAUAAGGCAGCACAAUUCGGCAUUGGCCGACCUGGAUCUACCCAAGCCACAAAGCAAUCAAGUACCAAUGUCUCGGUUAGCGAUGGCCGCCAAGAAGUUGAAGAUGAUCAUGGCAUCCCCGAAAUCGGUCAGCGUGUGCCCAUGAACCCUCAUUUGGGCGAUGUUCAGGCCCCUUCGCCUGGUCCUGGCUCCGAGGAAUUCAAGAAGCACCACCACCGCAAGCACAGCUCUCGUGGUGGACCCCCUGGCAGCUAUGGCCUCCAUGGCCAUGGUGUUGCCCCUCAAGACAAGCUUGAAAAGGAAUACUACGAGAAGCACCCUGAGGCCCUUAAGCGGGAGCAUCAGACCCCUCUACAUGACCGUCAGAAUGACUUUGCCAUGAGCAAGGAUGACCUGAACAAGCUGGUCAGGGAUACCCGAUCUCGUGGCUCUGGUUUGGGUACCGCGGGUUACCAAUCUACACCCACCGAUGAGGUUGGUUUCCAAGCCACCGAAGAGUAUACUUCUCGACUUUCUCCCCGCCCUGCCUCUACAAGCGAAGGCAAGGUCCAGCCUAUUUCGUUUAAGUCGGAGAUUACAAGCCCUGAGGGUGAACACACAGUGCAUGUUGAUGAUCCCAAGCACCCAGAGUAUCGGUCAUAUGGUGACGGCGAUGCCGCUGUGGAUGAAGAGGAACAUGAGUACACUGCACCAAUUCUAGCUGAGGACGAAGUCAAGAACGACGACCACCCUUACACUCAGCUACCUGCUGUCCACCAUCACCGCCGAGACAGUGGCGAUUUGGAGGAGCCUACAAGCCGCCCUCAAAGCAGGACCAACCGACCCAAGAGUAGACCCACUAGUAUCUACAAGAACAACGACUCUCAGGAGUUUGCUCCCACAUCUCUGGAUGACGUUGAAGAGUAUGAGCCUCUCUUCCCUGAAGACGGCAAGAAGGACGCCCAGAAGGCAACACCCGGCAACAAGGCCAGACAUCAUUUCCCCAGCAAGGACAUUUGGGAAGAUGCCCCUGAAAGCGUGCACUACACCGUCGAGGUUUCAACACCAGACCCAGGAGAGCAGGCAGAGCAAGUCGAAGAGCGACGACGAUCGUCUGCUAUGGACCGUCCCAAGACCCCUGCUCACCUCUUUGCUCAGAGACAAGAAGAGCUUGCAGAGCGGGAAGUGAGUGGCCCCGUAGAUAUCCAGCCUCCCAAGAACCAUGAGAAGCCUAUUUGGUACGAAUCAAAGGACUCGGAUUCUUUCCUGAACCAGGGUAAGAGGCCUUCUGCCGGCCAGCGAUUCCCCAGCCGAGAUAUCUGGGAAGAUGCACCCGAAAGUCAGCUCUAUGAGACUACUGUCGACUCUCCCCAGCCUCAGGCUGAGGCAAAGGAAGAGCCCAAGGAGCAGAGCAAGCCUGCCAUCCCGGAACGACCAGUCAAGAAGGCGUCUGAAGAUCGUCCGUCGAUCCCUGAGCGACCCAAGCCUAAGCAAACCGGGAGCGACGAUGGAAAGUCGAAACCUCCUGUGUCUGAAAAGCCGAAACCCAGUAUCCCUCCUCGUCCUACCAAGUCUUCAUCUGGAGACUCGAUAGAGACAAAGCAGAAGCCUCCUGUACCUAGCAGACCUGCUGGUAAUAAGAUUGCUGCACUUCAGGCUGGCUUCAUGAGUGACCUAAACAAGCGUCUGAAGCUGGGUCCUCAUGUACCGCCCAAGAAGGAGGAACCUAAGGCGGAGGAGGAUCUGACGCAAGAGAAGGAGAAGGCUCCGCUCUCGGAUGCCCGCAAGGGCCGGGCCCGUGGCCCACAACGCCGAGCUCCGGCAAGAAGCCCGGCUGCAGUUGCUGCAAAUACCACCUCUGCACCCGCUGCUCAGCCUUCAACCCCCUCUUUGACAUUCUCCGUUCCUCAGACUCUCUGGUCUAUUAGCCCUGAAGGCUCUUUAUCUGUUUCUGGCGAGCAAACUCCUGUAUCGGAGCCUGUGUCAGCAUCUGAGCCCGUAUCAGCACCAGGGCCUGUGUCAGCAUCUGAACCUGUCUCUGCGCCCGAGCCUCAGCCCACUUCAGUUCCUGAGCCGGAGUUAAUUUCGCAACCCGAGCCAGCUGAGGAGAAGAAGGAAGACAUAGUUGAUGCACCUACAGCACCUCAAGAAGCGUUGCCCAAGUCAGAGCCUAAUCUGGAGCCCAAGCCCGAACUACGUGGCGAGCCUGAAUCGGAAUCUGUUCCAGUGCACAGGGAUCCUGAACCUGCUGCUGGAAAACUUCCCCAAGAGGCCGAGCCCACACUUCCUGCGCAGCAGCCCGCUGUUGAACCUUCCCUGGAGCCUGUCCAGGAAGCAUCUGUCCAUGAGGCGCCAGCACAGGAACCCCAGCAGGAGCAAGAGCCCGUUUCGAUCGAAAAGAGCCUUGUUACCAACACUGCUGGCGAGAGUAUCUUGGAGACUAUCGUGGAUAAGAAGGAUGGAGGUGACACUAUUGAGCCUGUUGGGGUGUCUGAUGAAGUUAAGCAGUAA